AUGCAGUCGGCACCAGCAGGUUUGUGGGACCCCCAUGGACCCCAGUCUGAAGAUGUCUCCCCCCUCCCCCUCCCCCUGUAUCCACCCUCCGCCUGUCGCCUCUCCCAUUUGAUUGCCGCGCCACCGGCUAAGCGAAUCACCUUCUACAAGAGAGGCGACGAUCAGUUUGCGGGAGUGAGGAUGGCGGUCCACAAACGCAGCUUCAAAUGCUUUGACGCACUACUGGACGACCUGUCGCAGAAGGUCAGAAUAUACACGUGAACACACACACACACACACACACACACACACACACACACACACACACACACACACACACACACACACACACACACACACACACACACACACACACACACACACGUACACACACACACACACACACACACACACACGUACACACACACACACACACACGUGAACACACACACACACACACAGUCCACACACACACACACACACACACACACACACGUACACACACACACACACACACGUGAACACACACACACACACACACACACAGACAUUAAACCCUUGAUGUGGUGGUGGUGAACCCGAACGUGUAUCUGUGUGUAGGUGCCCCUGACAUUUGGGGUGCGCACAGUCACCACCCCCAGAGGAAUCCACAGUAUUAAACAUCUAGAGCAGCUGGAGGAUGGGGGGUGUUACCUCUGCUCUGACAGGCGGCAGGCUAAACCAAUCAACAUGGAGCUGGCUGGCAAACGCCCCGCCCUCUGGCACCACAACAGGUGGGUGUUUUGUAUGAAUAUCUGUGUGUAUAUAACAGUGUAAAUAUGAUGUGUGUGUGCGUGUGGUGUCUGUGUGUGUUGUUUAUCAUGUGUAUGGCAGUGGCGGUCGGGGACGUUUAAGAUGAGGGAGGACGAUUAUAAUUUUUUAUGAGCGUGGCCUUAUUUCUAUUACACCAUAUUGGAUGACUGUCGUUCAUAUUCCAUUCACCCAGUUCAAUGUAACAUCAAUAGGUUUAGGCUGCUACGUCAUACCUGAAUUGUCCCUGUACCCAUCAUGAGGUUGCUACAACCUAGCCUAUGAAUGAAAGUUUACAACAUAGGUGCGCAGGUCGGGAGAAAAUGUUUGAGUGAUCAAGGUGACAGACAGUGACACAGUCAAUACCGCCUUGCACACGCUUGCCUGCAUCUAGCUGAACUAGGGGUGUAAUCAUUAGUCCAACAGAUGCAAACAAGAGUUUCUAUUGUACAAAUUCAGGUAUGUUAAUCCCCGUUUCGUUACGUUUGCUUCCGUUUAAGAAAGAUUUUUCAACCGAAUCGGCGGGAUGAAUACACCCGUGAUCACACGCAAACACAGUUCACUUUCAUAGCAGCCACAUACAAACAGCAUGAUCAUUUUGCUCGUUGUAUAAUUCCUUCUCGCAUCUACGCGCUCUCCUCCUCUCACCUUUUCCCUUUGCUUGUGGACAUCAGCUGUCUGUGACCAAGCGAAAAAAACUUUCCAAGCCAAACCUUCAUAUCAUAACCGCUAACCACUACACACAGCCUACAUUGUUGUCACAAUAUUAGCUAACGUCAUAGUCAACAUAGCUACUAGAACUAACACGUUAGUAAACCGGCUACAAUCAUUCAGUACAGUGUACAGUCAGCAAGCAGUUUAGCAGUUACACCGGCUUAUCUUGACUUGGAAGAGUUCCAGUGUUGGGUAGCCAUAGCCAGCUAGCUAACAUAGCAUCCCUCUCUGUUUGAGCCAGGUGUUUGAGUAGGCUAAACUAGCUAGCUACAAUUACUAGCUAAGUGAAAGUUUUAAAAAAAUACAUUUAACUAAAGCUAGCUCUCUCUCUCUUGCUUCUCCUUCAAAACUGUUCAACUAUUGUCUUUCUCUCUCUUUCAGUGAACUACUCACCAUAUUUUAUGCACUGCAGUGCUAGCUAGCUGUAGCUUAUACUUUCAACUCUAGAUUCAUUCUCUGAUCCUUUGAUUGGGUGGACAACAUGUCAGUUCAUGCUGCAAGAGCUCUGAUAGGUUGGAGGAUGUCCUCCGGAAGUUGUCAUAAUUACUGUGUAAGUCUAUGGAAGGGGGUGAGAACCAUGAGCCUCCUAGGUUUUGUAUUGAAGUCAAUGUUCCCAGAGGAGGACGGAAGCUAGUUGUCCUCCGACUACACCAUGGUGCUACCCUACAGAAUGCUGUUGAGGCUACUGUAGACCUUCAUUGCAAAACAGUGUUUUAAUCAAUUAUUUGGUGACGUGAAUGUAUGUAGUAUAGUUUUAACUAAAAAGGAUAACUUUUUUAAUGUUUCACUAUUUUUAUUUUUAUAAAAUUCACUGAAGAGGAUAGUCCACCCCUUCUGCCUCUGAGGAGCCUCCACUGGUGUAUGGUGUGUGUGUGGUCACGGUGUGUGUGUUCACGGUGUGUGUGUGUUCACGGUGUGUGUGUGUUCACGGUGUGUGUGUGUUCACGGUGUGUGUGUCCCACUACAGCCGCCGAGUGCCACAGCGACCAGCAGAAGACCCUCCCCCUCCCACUGCUCCAAGCCACACCCCUACACGGCAGCGGCGCAUCCUAUUGGUCAGGAACAGCGACCCAGCGGUAAGGAGGAGUGUGAUUCUGAGCCGCCGCUCGACCCGAAGCCUCCGAGUGUUUCUGGAAGACAUCUCGGAACUGAUGCGGUGUCACGUCAGGAAAUUAUACACACUAGAGGGACGCAAGGUACGUCUGGGAGUGGGGGGGGGGGGGGGGGGGGGGGGGGGGGGGGGGGGGGGGGGGGAUAGGGCUGGUAGUGUGGUGUCUUGUGGGGGGGGAUAGGGCUGGUAGUGUGGUGUAUUGGGGAGGGGGAUGAUAGGGCUGGUAGUGUGGUGUCUUGGGAAGGGGGGGAUUGGGCUGGUAGUGUGGGUGUCUUGGGAAGGGGGGGGAUAGGGCUGGUAGUGUAGUGUCUUGGGGAGGGGGGGGGAUAGGGCUGGUAGUGUGUUGUCUUGGGGAGGGGGGGAUAGGGCUGGUAGUGUGGUGUCUUGGGGAGGGGGGGAUAGGGCUGGUAGUGUAGUGUGUCUUGGGGAGGGGGGGGGAUAGGGCUGGUAGUGUGGUGUCUUGGGGAGAGGGGGAUAAGGCUGGUAGUGGGUGUCUGGGGGGGGAUAGGGCUGGUAGUGUAGUGUCUUGGGGGGGGGGAUAGGGCUGGUAGUGUGGUGUCUUGGGGAGGGGGGGAUAGGGCUGGUAGUGUGUUGUCUUGGGGAGGGGGGGAUAGGGCUGGUAGUGUGGUGUCUUGUGGAGGGGGAUAGGGCUGGUAGUGUAGUGUCUUGGGGAGGGGGGAUAGGGCUGGUAGUGUGUUGUCUUGGGGGGGGCUGGUAGUGUGUGGUGUCUUGGGAGGGGGGGAUAGGCCUGGUAGUGUGGUGUCUUGUGGAGGGGGGAUAGGGAUGGUAGUGUGGUGUAUUGGGGGCCGGGGAGAUUAAGGAUGGUAGUGUUGGAGAGUUUGUCUUGUGGGGGCGGGAUAGCGGAUGGUAGUGUCGGUUCUUUUUGUAAUGGGGAGGGGAUAGGGAUGGUAGGUGGUAGGUCGUAUUGGGGAGGGGGAUAGGGCUAGGUAGUGUGGUGUAAUUGGGGAGGGGAUAGGCGCUGGUAGUGUGGUUUGUUUGGGGUGGGGGCGUAGCGACGGGUAGUGUAGAUGUAUUAGUGCGGGAUUAGGGAUGGUAGUGUGGGUGUAUGGGGGGGGGGAUUAGAGUUGGUAGGUGGUGGUCUUGUGGAGUGGAGGUGGGGGUUGGGGGGGGGGGGGGGGUUUAGGAGCUGGUUAAUUUGGUGUCCUGUAUGUCGGAGCGGCUGGUGUAGGGCUUGGUAGUUGUGAUGUCUUGGGGAGGGGUGGAGGGCUUGGAUGAGCGGGGUAGGGCUGGGAGCAGUGUGGUGGGUUUUGGGGAGGGGGGGGGUGGAAGGUCUUUGGCCUUGCAAAAAAGAUUCAUCACCCUUGCGUUUUUCUAUUUGUUGCAUUACAACCUGUAUGUAAAUUGAUUUUUAUUUGGAUUUCAUGUAAUGGAAACAUACAACAAAAUAGUCCAAUUUGGUGAAGUGAAAUUUAAAAAAUAACUUGUUUCAAAUAAUUCUAAAAAAUAAAUAACGGAAAAGUGGUGCGUGCAUAUGUAUUCACCCCUUUGCUAUGAAGCCCCUAAAUAAGAUCUGGUGCAACCAAUUACCUUCAGAAGUCACAUAAUUAGUUAAAUAAAGUCCACCUGUGUGCAAUCUAAGUGCCACAUGAUCUUUCACAUGAUCUCAGUAUAUAUACACCUGUUCUGAAAGGCCCCAGAGUCUGCAACACCACUAAGUAAGGGGCACCACCACAAAGUAAGGGGCACCACCAAGCAAGCAGCACCAUGAAGACCAAGGAGCUCUCCAAACAGGUCAGGGACAAAGUUGUGGAGAAGUACAGAUUAGGGUAGGGUUACAAAAAAAAUUCAUAAACUUUGAACAUCCCACGGAGCACCAAUAAAUCCAUUAUUUAAAAAAUUGAAAGAAUAUGGCACCACAACAAACCUGCCAAGAGAGGGCCGCCCACCAAAACUCACGGACCAGGCAAGGAGGGCAUUCAUCAGAGAGGCAACAAAGAGACCAAAGAUAACCCUGAAGGAGCUGCAAAGCUCCCAAGCGGAGAUUGGAGUAUCUGUCCAUAGGACCACUUUAAGCCAUACACUCUACAGAGCUGGGCUUUACGGAAGAGUGGCCAGAAAAUAGCCAUUGCUUAAAGAAAAAAAAUAAGCAAACACGUUUGGUGUUCGCCAAAAGUAAUGUGGGAGACUCCUCAAACAUAUGGAAGAAGGUACUCUGGUCAGAUGAGACUAAAAUUGAGCUUUUUGGCCAUCAAGGAAAACUAUAUGUCUGGUGCAAACCCAACACCUCUCAUCACCCCGAGAACACCAUUCUCACAGUGAAGCAUGGUGGUGGCAGCAUCAUGUUGUGGGGAUGUUUUUCAUCGGCAGGGACUGGGAAACUGGUCAGAAUAAAGGAAUGAUGGAGGCGCUAACUACAGGAAAAUUCUUGAGGGAAACCUAUUUGUCUUCCAGGGAUUUGAGACUGGAACGGAGGUUCACCUUCCAGCAGGACAAUGAUCCUAAGUAUACUGCUAAAGCAACACUCGAGUGGUUUAAGGGGAAACAUUUAAAUGUCUUGGAAUGGCCUAGUCAAAGCCCAGACCUCAAUCCAAUUCAGAAUAUGUGGUAUGACUUAAAGAUUGCUGUACACCAGGGGAACCCAUCCAACUUGAAGGAGCUGGAGCAGUUUUGCCUUGAAGAAUGGGCAAAACCCCCAGUGGCUAGAUGUGCCAAGCUUAUAGAGACAUACGCUAAGAGACUUGCAGCUGUAAUCGACUUUGCAAAAAGGGGCGUGAGAUAUAAAAAUCCGGCCAGAAUGUGGUUUUAAGCCGUUGUGGUCCUCUCGCAUUUUCGCUCUGUGUAUUCUUCGAUGUGGGUCCCUGUCCCAACCUUUACCCUACUCCCAUACCCCUCUCUUGAUAGUCCUUCCACCCAUCCUCGCAGAAGCUCGCCCCCCUCGUUCGGCUAGCGUCUCUUUUUAUUUUUCUUUGUACGACCCUGUUCUCAAUUUUUCCCUCCUUGCUCGCGGGCUGUGGGCACACGCUUUUCUUCUUCGCCCUCGGGGGGGGGUGGGCACGGUCGAAAAUUUCCAUGGCGGGGCGGGCCUCCCCCUUCCCCAUUGAAUGGAAUGGCGUUUGGGAUGGUGAAUUAGUAUGCGACGCUCAAGUUUCUGUUUUUUUGUGUCUUAUUUUCUUGUGUUUGUUUCACCCAAAAAAAUAUUUUGUAUCUUCAAAGUGGUAGGCAUGUUGUGUGAAACAAAUGUACUAAAAAACCCCCAAAAAACAAAUUGCAAUUCCAGGUUGGUAAGGCAACUAAAAUAGGGAAAAAUGCCAAGGGGGGUGAAUUACUUCCGCAUCCAAGCCCGAAAAGGGAGGUGCACCGUAUGGACACCGGGGUUCGAUCUCGGCUGAUUAGAUCGCAGUCUUCAAUCUUACUCUAAUUCAAAGCUCUAUUUCGCCUCGCUCCAUUCACACUCCUUCAUACGCGUUCUCCAUGCUAUGUUUUUCAUAGCUCCUCUCUCUCCUUCAUUUCCCCCUGCCACAUAGCAACGUGAAUUCCGCACGUUUUCUAGACAGUUGUUCCCUUGCCCCACUACAUUCAUAUAUCCCCGCUCAUUCGCUUCCUACCGUAUUGUAGUAUCCCGUAACCCUGGUACUUCAAACUCUGGAGGGGCUGAUGACACCCUCCCUCCUCUUGUCAGUUUUCGAGCCAGAAUUGAUUAUAGCUGUAAAAGCGGCUUCUAAAUACCCCUGUUUACUAGUCGCCCUCGCCAAAAAUAUGCAGCCCGUCCUUUCCUGUCGUUCGUUCCUCCCGAGACAGCCGUUUUUCGCUUUCGCCGACUCUCACGCCCCUAUAGCCCCCGCCCGGGUUUCUGAUGUAGAACCACAUAAAGCCUUCGGUUGCAUUCGUGCUUUACAUGACUUGCUAUCUAUCCCCCCUAAUCUGCCUGUGAAACAGAAGCAAUCGUAAAUUUCUUGUGCUACUUACGCUGCUCCCAACAACGCCGUACCGUUAUGUUGUCCCCCAUCUUCUGCCUGCUACUUUGUUGUGUGCGCCUAGCGCGUGACUACACCCCUCAGUAAAAGUGCUUAACGACCAACUCCAACGCUUUACCCAAAAUUAGACCUUGAUGGACACGACCUUCCCGUCUUAUCACAAAAAGGACCGUUACCGCUGUUCUCCAUGAGGAGAGUCCCACCUAAUACUCAUAAACCUAUGGGAAUGUCCGCAACGCCUCCUCUCGCCAUCAUGACACGCUCCCUUAGUGUGACAUCCCCGUGGAAGCACUCUCCUUUCAAUUUAAAGAACUAAAUCAAUUACCAUUAUCUUUACUUGAUAUGUCGAAAUGAAUUACUUAUGACCCAUUAUAUCUCCAACUAUAUAUUUAGAUUAUGUUUUUGACGAGAAUUUCCAAAUCCUUAUUACUUUUUUAGCCCGUUCUCCCUUCUGACCCACCUCUCUAGUAUUGACCACCCUCUCGCACUUUACAAAAGAUUGUGAAAAGUAUCACUCGACGCACAAAAAGCCCCGCGUUUCCGAAAAGUAUGCGACUACUCUCCAGCCAUGUUAGCGGGACGAAUUUACGGUAAAUCCCUAUGUUCCCUCUUCUGACUGCGUUAUACUUUACCACUCCCCCCGGUCGCUCCUUCCACGCCUUUUACUUCUCCCAUGUCCCACUCCCUCUCAUCCUCCACGCCAUUUGCCAUUUGCUCGUGGCCUAUUAUUCCGCUUUCUUACCCCCUUCGCUAUCCUCUCCCUAGGUACUGUCCCUUUACCCCUCUACUUUGCCCUGUCUUAAUCUUCCCUCCCCCACCCGACCUCGUUCGUCUGUACUUGCCUGAUCAAUGCCGUCUGAUCUUAGGGAUUCGGGAAUCAGGUAAGGCGCGCGAGUGAUGAUAUCGCACCCGAUCGUACACCGAGUAUAUAUUGUGGAUUGUCAUCACAAGCCUGACCCCUUAUUUACCCAUCAUCUCACGGAUGGGUGUCCCUGUUUAGAGAUCCGGGGAAAAGUUGAUUCAAGAAAAGAACAGAACCAUUGGGGCAUUUUAAGGUAAAUGUAAGUCGUGUUUGGGUAAGCUGAGAUGAGAGGUCAGUUGUUGAGCUGCUCGUUGCAACUGUUGCAUUAUGAACACUAGCCCGCCUGAAAACGGAAGCGGCGAGAAUGAUCGAGUGGAGAAAUGGAAGGGGGUGGGGGGGAAGGGAAGGGGGGAUGGAAAUAAAAAAAAGUACGGUGAGUGGGGGAGUGGUGUAAGCGAAAAGAAAGGGUAAAGAGAGAGUCAGAGAGGUGAGUAGAAGAGAAGAAAAGAGAGAGGAGAGAGGGUAGAUGGGAAGAUAGAGAGAGAGAGAGAGAGAGUAGAGAGAGACGAGCGAGGAGAGAGAGAGCGAGAUGCGAGAGAGAAGAAGGAAAAGAGAGCAAGGAGGAGAAGAGAAGAGAGAGAGAGAGAGAAGAGAGAGAAGAGAGGCGUAACGAGGUGCGAGGACAAAGAUAGGAAGAGAGAGAGAGAGAGUAUCGAGAGAGAUCUCUAGAUAUAUAGAUAGAGUUAUAGCGAUCGAAUAAGAUGAGUGAAUAGCGAGCUAUAUCUCUAGGUCUCUCUCACUGCGCAGAGAUCUAGCUAGCUCAUGUACCCUUCUCUAGCAUCUCUUCGUCUCUCUCUAAAUUUCCCCUCUCUCUCUAUCUCUCUCUCUCUCUCUCUCUCGAUCUCUCAUCCCUCUCUCUCCUCUCUCUCUCUCUUUCUCUCUCUCCUUUCCUGGUAGUGAACUUUGGUCUGGAGACUAAGAAGAGCAUCAUUCAUCCUCGCUCAGACUCUUCAAACCGCUCCACCCGUUUCUCUCUCUCCUCUGAGAAGUCCUACGCUAACGGCCUCGGCACCUGUCCCCACUCCCACAGCGGCAGGGAGGCGGUGCUGAACGAUGACAUAGAGAAGCGUGUGCUGGUGAACAAAGAUGGCAGCCUGUCUGUGGAGAUGAGGGUGCGGUUCCAUCUCCAAAACGACGAGAAAGUCCAAUGGUCCACGGAGAUUAAGAAGUCUCCCUCUGACUCUCUGACCAAUGACUGCUGUCCGCUCAGUGAAGCCCAGCCCUGCUACCUACAGGUAAACUUUGAUAUGCCUUUUUGCGUUUUGUUGUUUUAUAUUACUCCACUUUUGUAUAUGUUUUUAUUUGUUCAGUAAGCUACUGUGUGUAUGAAAGUGCUUUUCAAAUUGUUAUCGUUAUGUUUCCUACAGCAGGGCCAAUCGGAAAGCUGCUCGGACCCUGACUCCACCUCUUGUGUUGCUGAAGCUGCCGACUACGCUCCCAAGCCUCCACAGCGCUCCCUGAAGGAGCCACAGCCACGCUGUGCCUGCUGCUAUCAGCGACAGGACCCGGAGUAUGACCUCUGGGAAAACUCCCGCCCACAUCCAGACCUCUAA